ACCGACUGGGAGACAAGUGCCGAACACCUUGACAACUUGGAGGAGCGCAUUCGCGCCUGGCACAGCAAAUUACCGAGUCAGUUAGUCUGGAUGAACCGGCUACAACUCAGCCGCAAAGGCACUGGAGAUUUGGCAUUUCUGCACUCAGUCGUUCGGUUGAAACGGGCAGCAGAAAUUGUAAGUGAGGCUCGAAGUAUUAUCAAUUGGUUAGUUUUACUAGUCGGUUGGCUACAACCUCGGGUGCAAACGCAAAUCAUCAGUAUGCAUUUUUCCUGCUAG